AUGGAAGAAGCUUCACCAGCUCAAAGCUCAACCGUUGUGUUGAAUCGAUCCCAGAUUCGCGAGAGCCCUAUAAUUAAGCCUUGGGCGCAUCUUCUUGCUGGCGCUUCUGGAGGUCUGGUCACCGCAGUUAUCACGUCACCCCUUGACGUUCUUCGAACAAGACUUCAAUCCGACUUUUACCAAACUACAAGCCGUUCUUCACAAACCCUCGGCCCUUCGAUACGCCCUGCAGUCAGCCACCAUGUAUGGCCGGCCUUCAAUCACAUUCGCGAAACGUUUCACAUUAUCCGUUCAAUACGAUAUGGCGAGGGCUGGCGCGGCUUCUUUCGCGGUUUAGGUCCUAGCCUUGCCGGUGUCGUUCCUGCUACCGCCAUCAAGUUCUACGUGUAUGGCAAUUGCAAACACCUAGGCGCGUGGAUGUUAAAUCGCGCCGAGAGCGAUCCGAUAGUACACGCGCAAGCUGCGGUCGUAGCUGGAAUUGCUACAGCAACUUUAACCAACCCCAUUUGGCUGGUGAAGACGAGACUGCAGCUCGACAAAGCAAGAACGCAAUCGAGUGGUGUUACUACACGACAAUACCGCAAUAGUAUGGACUGCGUUCGCCAGGUUGUCCAAACAGAAGGAAUACGUGGGCUUUAUCGAGGCCUGAGCGCCAGCUACCUGGGUACUAUCGAGACAGCAAUGCAUCUUGUUAUUUACGAGCGGCUUAAGGUCAUGAUACAAUACGGGCUGAGAGGUAAAAGCUGGGCAUCGGGAGAGCUCGAGACCUGGAUUAGCACCAGCGGAGCCGCCGGCUCGGCGAAGCUCGCUGCUGUAUUUCUUACUUAUCCUCAUGAGGUUGUAAGGACCAGAUUACGUCAAGCACCGCUAGAGAACGGAAUGCCCCGAUACAAAGGUCUUGUGCAUUGUUUUCAACUAGUCUGGAAAUUCGAGGGGCUCGGCGGGUUGUAUGGAGGCUUGACCCCUCACCUUGCCCGUUCAAUUCCUUCUGCUGUCAUCACUCUCGGCGUGUACGAAUUUGUUUUGAGACUCUGCAAUCCGUAA